AUGACGUUUACUGGGUGGGUCCCUUCCUCGGCGUUGGCCCCUCACGUAAGGACGGACGGUGGCUUCGUCAAGUGUGACGAACGGCCCCGACGAUGCGGCAACUGUGAGCGGCUGAAGUUGGACUGUGCCGGAUACGGCGUCAGGCUGCAGUGGACCGGCAGUGCGCAUGCUCGGGUUGGCUUCUCUCAAGGCACGCCCGGCGCGGCGACUAUUGCUGCCGGGCGUGUCAAAGUUGAACCGUGCUGGCACCAGCACGGCCACUAUUCCUUAGAUGAGAUUGAUGAGUUCCUGACGUUACUCGAGGAUGAUGUUUCGGUGCACUGUUCGGGCUCUCAGAGGGGACCUUUCACCACAUUUCAGUCCCUCACACGUAUAGGAGCAGAACAAGCAGACCGAGCUCGGCGGCCUACCAAGGUCGAAUCCGACCCCUUGCCCGAUGCCGCCGUCGCGCGUAGCAGGUGUUGGACUCACGGGGCUUUUCCUAGUCGUACUGAAGCCCGGUCAUCGAGAAUGGCCGGGACUGGUCCGUCUGGCGACUCAGCAACGACAGGCAGCUCCACUGUGAUUUCGCUGUCACGAUACCAGCCCUCGGCCAUCCCCCAGAACUCAGCUGCCGAGUCCAGGGAUCUACAUCUCAUGCAUCACUACAUCGUACACAUUGCGGGGCUUCUCAUACCCGUCGAACACCCCAUGAACCCAUACCGAAACCUGUACGUACCCGCGGCAUUAGCGGCAGCGUCUCGUGGCCAGCCACCCGUCACCGGAAACAGACCCGACAGGCCUAUCGUCCAAUCGGUCCUGAUGCACUCGCUCCUUGCGUCUUCUGCCUACCAUCUGUGGAACUGCCUUCCGGAUCAGACGCAGUACCAUAGGAUCGGCUCCCAGCAUCGACACAAGGCCUUGGCCCUGCUUCAGUCCGCCAUCAACCUGCCGGUUUCGGAAGAAGAGUACCAGACCAUGCUCAUGGCAAUGCUGUCCUUGGUGUCUGUCGAUGUCAUGUCGGGAUGCGAGGCCGACUAUGCCAUUCAUCUACGAGGAACCAAGCAGCUGCGUCAUCUGAUGCGCCGGAGCACUCUCACGAGCCACACGACCCGGCAACUCGAUGAGAUCAGCGACUUUCUCUCUCUGCUAGUGCGGUGCAUACCGUCAACAGCACAGCGCCACGCGGAUCUCAUGGUCUACAACAACGUGAGCAGCAUGGCACACAUCGGGCAGCCAGACUCGUGUGUGUUCUACAUGUAUGGCGUGACGCCGCAGAUCGCUGCUUCCAUCCAGGAAACCUGUCAGAUUGCUGAAAGCCUGGCGUGGUAUCGAUAUAGGGGACAGAGGGCACCGCAAUCUCUCGUCCACAGCGCCACCACGCUCCACCGAGAGUUGCUCUGCUGGUCUUUGGAGGGAGAGGCGCCCUCUCUCUCUUCGAUCGGCAGCAUGGACAUGCGGCAAAUCUUCCGAUACCACGCCAAAGCCUGGCAUCAGGCCGCUGUUGUUUACUAUAAUAGACGUAUCCGCAGAUUGGCAGGUGCGGAGGUUGGGCCAUAUAUCGACGCAGUGGCCAGGAACAUGCAGGCAGUCGAGGAUGUGAAGAGCAGUUCGGCGUCCUGCUCUCAGUCUUCCAUGGCCCCUAUCACAUGGCCCGCCUUCGUGGCGUCCUGCGAGGCUGCCGUAUGA